UUAUCUCUGGAGUGAAAGUCUUUCCUAUUGACCAGCAAGGUGAUAGUUAGAGUGACAUACAGACCAUAGGAGUUAUUGGAGGAGAGGAAAGGAGCUGCCAGACACCACCAUACAACUUAGGGGGAGCGGAUACGCAAUAAGCUAUAGUACAUGCAAACACACACAUGUAUCUAAAUUGCCAUUUGGAUUUAUUCCACUGAAACUGUUGUUGUCAAUAAUUUUAACUUUAGUAAUGUUUGUACAGUUUUCAAGUGCGCUAAAUUAGCUACUUUAAACCAGUACUCACAUUGUUGACCCUUCUCCUUUAACAGAUGAUAUUAUUCUUUGUAUUUGCAUAGCUCUGCCCCCUCGGCCAAACACAGACUCAGGAAGGCCCUCCUACUCAUUUCAGAGUAAACUAAACUAAUCUCAGAGUUCUGCUCUCUCAGUGUAGUUAGGCAGGAAAAUGACAGAAACAAGUAUUUCAGAAGAUCAGGACCAGUUCAUCUGUCCAAUCUGUGUGGAUCUACUGAAGGAUGCAGUGGCUACUCCCUGUGGACACAGUUUCUGUAUGGUGUGUAUUAAUGGCUUCUGGGAUCAGAAUGAUCAGAGGAGAAUCUACAGCUGCCCUCAGUGCAGAGAGACUUUCACUCCAAGACCUGUUCUACGCAGAAACAACAUGCUGGCUGAAGUGGUGGAGAAACUGAAGAAUAUAGAACUCCAAGCUGCUUCUCCUGCUCACUGUUACACUGGACCUGGAGAUGUGGAGUGUAAUUUCUGUACUGGGAGAAAACUCAAAGCCAUCAAGUCCUGUCUGACAUGUCUGGCCACCUUCUGUGAAACUCAUCUCAAACCUCACUAUGAAGUUGCUGUUCUGAAAAAGCACAAGUUGGUCAAAACGUCCUCACACCUACAAAAGAAGAUUUGCUCUCAGCAUGACAAAGUGAUCGAGAUCUACUGUCAUACUGAUCAAAGCUUCAUCUGUUAUUUAUGUACAAUGGAGAAACACAGAGGCCAUGAUACGGUGUUAGCUGCAACAGAAAGAACCCAGAAACAGAGUGAUCUAAAGGAGGAGCAGAGGAAAUUCCAGCAGAGAAUCCAGGAGAAUGAGAAGAAGGUCCAGGAGCUGAAGCAGGCUGUGGACACUCUUAAGCGCUCUGCACAGGCAGCAGUGGAGGACAUUGAGAGAAUCUUUACUGAGCUGAUCCACUCCAUUGAGAAAAAGUGCUGUGAAGUAAAAGAGCUGAUCAGAGAUCAGGAGAAGAUUGAACUGAGUCGAGCUGAAGGACUCCUGGAUCAACUGGAGCAGGAGAUUGCUGAUUUUAAGAGGAGAGAUACUGAGAUGGAGCAGCUCUCCCACACAGAGGAUCACAUCCAUUUCCUCCAGAGUUUCCAGUCUCUCUGUGUCUCUUCUGGAUCUGAGGACUCUCCCAGCAUCCCUGUCCAUCAACAUCUCUCUCUGAUCUGAAAGAGUGACUAGAGGAAUUCUGCAAGGAGGAAUUCAACAAAAUCUCUCAACAAGGUAAGAGGAGCUAUCCUGCUGUGAAACAUAAUGAUGGAAAUCUCUACUUACUCAGUGACAGGGUAAAGAAAGCUAUAAGAUUACCUAAACUAGAUAGAAGGGAUUUAAUGUACCUUUGGGAUUCUACAAUUAAUAGUGCCUUAAACUGGUAAAUGUCAUUCAUGCAGUUCAUGUUUGGACUUUCAUGUGUUGAUGGAUUGAAAUCUUCAAAUAUUUCUAGUGUUCAAUGUUCUUACUAUUAAAAAAUAAUCCCACACAUACAGAGAGAGACAGAAUAGAGAGAGAAUGAAUUUGCAUUAAUAUUAUUUGCAUUAAUAAUAAAUUAUAUUUGACUGGUUGACUAAUUGAUUUAAACUUCACAUUAGGGUUCUGUAGUAACCUAGCAACCAUAGAAGGACAAAUGAAUGAAUACAAUAACUUCUGGACACUAAUAUUACAUCAUGAUUCACUAGUGAUCAAACAUGAGAAGGAAUUAUUUGUUCUUGUAGUAGUGGCAUUGGAUGGAAUAAUUUUAUAUAAUAGCAACCAGGAGGGGGCGCUAAUACUCAUCUAUUGAUGAACAUAUUAAACAUUGUUCUUGUUAUUGACUCAUGAAGAAAUGCUGGGGUAACAGGACCUUUGUGUAUUAAAUAUGAGCUCUGUGGGAUAAUCUACCAUUUUACACUAGAGGGCGCUAAUACUCUUAACUAAUGAUGAAGUAUUACACAUUGUUCCUGUUAAUAACUCAUAAAGAAAUGCUGUAGUUAGUUUGGCUGUAUUUCAAAUAGUCUACUACAUACCCACGUACAAAUAGGGCCCAAAAUCAGUGUGUCAUUUGGAGUAAAAUACAUUUUUCCAGUAUGUCAAAGAUACCCAGGUGACAUACUACUUCAGCCAAAUAUUCCAGUUCAUGACCAGAGACCCUGUCAGUUAACAGUGGUGGAAAAUCUCAAGAGUGGUUGGAACCUAUGCCAUAUGCAGUAUACACAGACAGAUGUAAAGAGAGAGAGAAUCUUCCUGAUGAUAUUUACUGAUCUUCCCCAAAGUCCAUAAUUAACAGAAAGAUUAGAGAAUGUUUUUCUUCAUAAACACUUAAACCACAUAUAAUCCCACAUUUAUUCUGAUCAUUUUCUGUCUUUCUGGAUGGAUUAUUUGGGUCUCAUUCAUUCUGUUGGAUCAUUUUGAUUCUGUUCCUCCAGAGCUGCAGCAGUUCAGGUUUUACCUUCAGAGCCAAAGACCAGAGAAGAUUUCCUGAAAUGUAACACACACACACACACACACAGGCACGCACACAUUCAAAUAUUACUUGUACACCUGGUUUUAAUAUGAACAUGUCAUUGUUACCAUGGAGAAAAACACAAAUGAGUGUAUAUUAAUUAAUAUUAAUAGAACUUGUAAAUAAAAACCUCAAAUGUUGUUUCAGAUUUUUAUCAGUUGACUCUGGAUCCAAACAUAUCGUCACCUCACCCUGUCUGAGAUGAACAGAGUGGUGACAUGGAGUGAGAGAGUCCAGCCAUACUCUGAUCAUCCAGAGAGAUCUGACUACUUGUC